CUCAUUCGACCUUCGUUCUUUUUACCUGGCUUUUGAUAAGUCGGACCUUGUUUGCUCUAUUUCCUCUUGUCUUCUGCCGAUCCUUGGGUACCCUCAGUUCCUCGUCGCCGGUCGCCGAUCCCACGACCUUCCAUGAUGCUAUCCUCACGCUUCCUCCUCGCGUACAUCGUCAUUGCGCUCAUCGCAAGCGGCCUUGCUGCGCCCAUUGGCGAUCCUAACAGCCUCGAACGACGAGUGCGGUUCAGCAGGCCGAAGAUCGCCUCCCGGCCCAAGCCCGCCGCACGGCCAGCUCCCGUCAGACCCCCGCCCGUGAAGGCCACCCCUGCGAAGGCCACCCCUAUCCGCGAGACCCCUGCCGCUGCCCGCACUACCGCAGUCGUUGAGCAUACUACCGCGACUGCAGCACGCGUCACGACCACUGCCGCGCGUGCCACGACGUCCGUCGCCCGCCUUACGACCAGCAAAGAGGAACCAGAGACCUCAACCCGCUCCGUAGCCUUGACCACCUCUCUGCGUUCGGUAGAGACUGAGAGCAAGACAUCCUCAGCGCUCGAGACCUCCACCACCUCCACCUCCGUUGCUGCAAGCAAGGAGACCGUUUCCACGUCUACCACUUCCGCGGAAGAGUCGGAGGAAACGUCUACCUCGUCCGGAAGUGGCACAUCCACGGGAACCACUUCCACUACAGACCAGACCGCUUCCGGCUCUGGAUUCAAUUCCAACGCCGGAAGCGGUUUCGGUACUACCAUUGCGGGACAGGUCGUUGGAGAUACCAUCGGGCAGGUCAUUAACAACGGCCUGAAUGGGGGCUUUGGUAACACCGGCUUCGGCAACACCGGUUUCGACACUACAGGCGUCGACCCGUCCGCCGGCUUUGAUCCGUCGGUCGAUUCCGAGGAUGAUGGCACCGACGGUACCGAUGUCACUGACGGCACCGAUGGAACGGACGUCGAUUCCACUGCCACUGAGGAUGGGACGGAUGCGGACGGCACCGACGAUUCCACCGACGCGGACGACGGGAGCGUGGAUCCGUCUCUUGCUGGCAACUCCACCGUCGUCGACACUGGGGAUAGCUCGGACAACUCGACCAUCAUCGACGGUACCGGCGCUAACUCCACCUCCGUCGACACCACCGGUGCCAACUCCACCUCCAUCGAUACUACCGGUGCCAACUCUACCAUCGACACUACCGACGCUGACACCACUUCUGCCGAUGACAGCUCCGAUGGAGCGGAUGAUUCCACGGACGAUUCGACAGACGAUUCAGAGGCUGAUGUUGAUGCCGCUGAUGAUGGAUCGGACGACGAGUCAAGCACUGCGGACGACGGGUCCGAGGAGGAUUAGUAUUCCCGCCGAGACUUGAUCGAGUGAGAGCGUAGCGGCGUGAACUUCUAUUGCAUCGUUCGCAUACUCAUAUGUUUGGUGGCUGUUUGUUUCAUGUAGUUACGUAGCACGAGGAUCGGGUAGAAACAGGGCGAUAGAGCAAACCUUGGAAGA